AAAGGAUUUUACUAAUACGGAGUAAAUCGUAAAGGAGAGUGUGAAAGACUGAAAGGAGUUGGAAAGUGUGUAGUGCUCUACUACUACACCAUUUCAGAAUACCCAGAAUCUUCAAAUUCUCUCUCUUCUUCUAUGUGAUUCCUCAACAAUGCGAACAUUCUUCCUUUUUAUUAAUUUAAUACCCUUUUUUCUUCUUCCCUUUUUCUCUCAAUUUCCUGUUGCUACUGCUGUUGUUUCUACUCCUGCUGGUCCAUUGAUUAAACACCUCUCUUCAUUACUCAAAUGGACUAAGAAUUCCCCUAAAUCAUCCCAAUCAGAUGGACCAGUAGUUCAGUUUGAGAGUGGGUAUUUAGUGGAGACAAUUGUAGAAGGGAAUGCAAUUGGAGUUGUACCCUAUUCCAUUAGGGUAUCUCAUGAUGGAGAGCUCUUUGCUGUUGAUUCAGAGGGUAGCAACAUUGUGCGGAUAACUCCUCCACUGUCACAGUAUAGUCGAGCAAGGCUAGUGGCUGGAUCAUUUCAGGGUAAAACAGGGCAUGUGGAUGGUAAACCAAAUGAUGCUCGUUUUAAUCAUCCUAAAGGGGUGGCCAUGGAUGAUAAAGGAAAUGUUUACAUUGCUGACACUGAUAAUCUUGCUAUCAGAAAGGUUGGAGAAGGGGGAGUGACAACAAUUGCUGGAGGGAAGUCAAAUGUUGCAGGAUACACAGAUGGGCCAAGUGAAGAUGCAAAGUUCUCCGCAGAUUUUGACGUGGUCUAUGUGCCAUCCACUUGCUCGUUGUUAGUUGUUGACAGAGGAAAUGCUGCACUUCGGAAAAUUUCUCUUAAUCAAGAAGACUGUGAUUCUAAUUACAGUUCCAUUUCAGUGACAGAUAUCGUCAUGGUCUUUGGUGCUAUGUUUGUUGGGUAUGCCUCAUGCUUGCUUCAUCAGGGAUUUGGACCUGCUUUUAUCUCGAAAUUUCUACAAUCUUCUGCAUCAGAUGAUCCACAAAAACUGCUCAAAGAGAAGCAAAAUUCAAUCCUGGAGAGUGUAAAGGAGGAACAAGUUCCUGCUGGAUCUGGAUGGCCUCCAUUUGGACAGAUGAUAGGUGAUCUUGGGAAACUAGCCCAUGAGUCGCUGAGUAAUGUCAUUGUUCCCUUAAUUCCCCCUCGUUUUAGCCCGAAAAAAGGACUCACUCCCUUGAAAGACGCUCUAAAGAUGCCUGAAGAUGGAGUACAGCCGCAAUUGAUAGCCCAAAAGCAGAGGACCCCUGUCCCAGUUUCUGAAUCCUGGCAAGCAUAUGCUCCAGAUACUACAGAAAAGCAUUCUGAAGCAAAGACUUUGAAGAUGAGAUCAGCGUCUAUGAAGGACCCUUCUUUGUCAAGCAAACACAGAUCUUCCAAAAGACAAGAGUACUCAGAAUUUUAUGGUUCUAGUGAAGCCCCUCAUAAAACUGGGCAGAUAAGGUCUAAAGCACACAAGGAGAGGUCAAAGCAUCGCCACCGAGAUAAGAGUGGAGAAGUAAGUUCAGGGGCUCAUGCACCUGAGCCUAAACCUGGUGAAUAUAAAGGGGUAAAUUACAAUGAUCCAAGGUUUAACCCUUACAAUGUGGGGAAUAGGUAUAUGCCAGAUGCUUCCUACCGCUAUUAGACUGACUUUUUAACGGUUAGUGAUGUCGGCAUGUUAUGGUAUCAAAUUUUGUAUUUGCCAUGAUGUUGUAUGGCUAUCUUUACUUGGUCCUAUUCUAAGAAUGCGAGUGAAAUUACAUUUGAGAUAUCUGAGCUGCUCAAGAUUACAAAAAUCAUUUUAUGGGUUCUGUAAUAGAUGUAAGAACUUCUCUGGGGCAGGUCUGUAGGCUGUAUUCGUGUUGUAUUUAUCACUUCUGAGGAAAAAUUACAUAGCAUAUACUUCACUUCGGUUUCCCCAUGCAUUUCCUUUAUUUCGGGUUAA